AUGGCCUCAACAUUAAGGACCCACAUCCCUAUCAGAACAGCUAAUGAGUCAACAGGGCAGAGUCUUACAGAGAAAGAUGAUGCCAUAAAAGUCACAACAUGUAGGGAUAAAAGGAUUACGACUGUGAAAAACUGGAAAGCGACCAAACCACGCAAAGUUCCUCUCACUGGCACAGAGGUAGUUCAUAUCUUUGCCAAUAAAAGAGACCUGGGGGAAUUGGAGCUUUAUUACCUGAAAGAAGUGAAUGGGGACUCGUACAGACCAUAUGACCUGAGAGUGGUCCAUUCCAGUGAAGCUGGUUCCGAGCACUACAUCUUCUCCCCUAAUACUGUACUACAUGUGACAGAGAGGGGUUAUGGUGGAUUUGUCAGUCCGGCAGAGUGGCACAGAGAGUCUAUGUUGUGGACAGCUUUGCAGGAGAUCCCGUUUUUCAGGGACUUUAGAUUGCGGAAAGCUUUCACCUGGUUGUAUAGAAGUGUGCGCAAAAGCAUUUUUCAGCGCAAGUGUGAGGAUCUGCAGGAUAUUCUGAUUGUGGCUGUACCUCAGUUCAGAAAUGCUCUUUUUCUCAUGACCAGAAUAAUUGAGGAACUGAAAGGGACACACAGACUGCCCCAGGAGGAGCCUAGAACCUACACAUUGCUGGAAUUCACGAAUUCACUGAUAACCAAGAAUCAAGAGUGUCUGCAGAUACUGGCGAAGUUAUCACAGUGUCGCACUGUCAUCUUAAAUUUGGUGAAAGAGGGCAGCUACAAGGCACACCAGGAGCUACAGCUGCAAAUGGAAUAUGCUAAAAAGCCCAAGAAAUGCUAUGAACCCAUUCAUCUCCAUCUGGCUCACCAGCAGGACCUGAAGAAAGAGUUGAUCCGGUCUGAAAGCAUCUUGCAGAAAUUGGGCAAUUUUGCUGCUCUCAUCAAUCAAAUGAUUGUACAGAGUCUCGUCACGAUCACCCAACAAGACGCCAUUUCUUUUCUCAGCAAUGUUCUGAAGAGGAAGAAAUCUCAGCAGUGCUGUCUCUUCCACACUGAGCUGUGUUUCAGCGCCAAUAGUCAGCUGACUGUGGACCCACCAAUACUUCUAUUCCAAGAAGCAUUGAGUGAAGCACUCCUGACUGCUGGGGACUCUAUAAUUCAGAUGUGCGACACUUGUGGAUUCUUCCAAGAGAACAGCAACAGCGUCUUCGGCUCUGGUUUUGCUCAGGAUUUAACCUCUGACUUUACUUGUAUUGAACAUCCUGCUAUUACAGGGGAGAAUAAGAACAUUGAUGGAUUGCCUGGUCGCAGAAAGUUUUGCUGCUGUCGAUUGCUCAGAGACCUGUCAUCUUGCUGGCUGGUGCCGCCUAAAAAGACCUUGUUAAUGGCACAGGGCAACAGAGUGCAUGGCUGCUACUAUCCCAUUCCCAAGAGGCAGCUGGAGUGGCAAAUCAGCAUCAAUGAUGUUGCAAAGCAAGUUGAGAAACAGCAGGCCAAGAUCAUGCAGGAAGCUGAACUUGAAAUACAGCAGCUGUGUGAGAGCUAUUCAUGGUUGAUCGACAUCCAUUUGUUCAUUAGCCAAUGGAGUCAAGCCUCUCUGGAAUCAAUGAUUGGUCAGCCUGCUUUACUGUAUGAGGAACACAUAAAGAAGCUACGUCAAUGGACCGAAAGAAUCCAGACAACUCCCUCACCGGUCUCUACCUCCAACCAACUGUUCAUCAUCCAUUGCACCCGCAUAAAGGAAAAUCUAGGGCAACAGCUGAAGUCGAUUGAGGAGGAAAUGCGAGAGCAGCUUGUUGAGCAGAUAAAGCUGCACUCGGAAAGCCUCAUAUCAGACUUGGAGAGGGUUACUUGUGAACUCAAGAAAGAACCCAGAGACUUGUGUGACCUCUCAAAAUACGCUCUUACGGUGAGGGAGUCUGUGAAAAUGUUGGCUGACGCACAAGUACGUUUGGAGUACAUUCAGUCGCUCCAGGACACCAUUUGCAUAUACUAUGACAAGACGACUAAACAGGAGGUGACUUUGGAAGAAAAGAUGCUGGACAUGUUGGAUUGCUUUCUUCCUCUCUUGAAGAGAGCAGAUAGCAUUGUGUGCCACCGUCUGCCUUCAGUGGCUAACGCUCUGGACACAAUGUUCUCAUUUUUGGUGAAUGACGUUAAAAAUAUUGUCACUAAAUCUACAUCUGGACCCUUCCUUGACCCUGCCCAGAAUGCAAAAGAGAUGGUCUCCACACUGAAGCACAUGUAUGCACAUGUGUGCAGUCUCGAUGCAAAGCUGGAACAACUUAGUCAGAACAGUCAAAACCUGCAAGAACAUCCAAUGGAUUUGACCAGUUUGAAAACAGAUGUUCAGAAGGUCAAAGCCUGUAAAGAGUUGUGGGAGUUGAUUGCUGUGUAUACAACAUGGAUGGAAGAAUGGCAACAGCUGCUUUUCAGUGAGGUUGUGGUGUCACAAGCUCAAGGGAAAAUUGCGAAGUGGAAGGAGCAAACUCUAUCUCUAACAAGUAUCAUACCCACCCAUGAUGCUGUGCUGCAGGAGACUUUAGGAAAGCUAGAAAGCUUUAACAAUCAUCUUGCAGUCAUCGCGAAGCUGCAGAGCCCCAUGCUCAAACAUAAACACCGAAAAGCUAUUUUUGAAGGCAUGGGUCUGCUGUGUGGCCCAGAGAAGAAGGUGACUGUUGCUGAACUGAUGUCGCAACUUGAAGUUGACCAGAGACUUAUUAGCAAGAUAUGUAGGGAUGCACAAGCAGAGUGUGACAUGGAGCAGAACUUCCAAAAGCUGCAACAGGGAUGGGAAGCCAGACUCUUCCAGCUGGAUAAAUUCACUUUCCCUGUUUGGCAGCAUUGUCAGUCACAACAUGGAUUAACAGAGACAGGGAGGCCCACAGGGGGCACUGUUUCAAAUCUGCAAACUGCCAGUCAACAUUCCUGUAAUGAUGCAGUAUAUACCGUCAUUGGUCUGGAAAUACACUUUGCUGAGAUAGAGAACGAUUUGAUGACCCUGUCCACCAUGUUGAAAUCCCCACACAGUAUUGAGUUCAAGGUGCAGAUGGAGGAUUGGGUGCAAUCACUACAAGAUCUUGGGAAGCUACUUUAUUUAUUUGAAAGAUACCAACAAAUAUGGGCCUUCCUGACCAAGGUGCUCCACGGAACCUUUAGUGUUCGGAAAGUGGAUUUGCUAGAGCAGUUCCAACCAGUUGAUGAGACAUUUAAGGAAAUCAUGCAGUCUAUAUCAAAAGACCCACAUGUGUUGAAGUUUGUUCAUGCCAAGAAGACAAAUAUCAGAUCCCAUGGCAGUAACCUUCACCAGAGUCUGCUUGAUGGUCUGUCUACAAUGGAGGGUAUCUCAAACCAGAUGGUGGAUUCCCUGGACACCCUUUGUGAACAGUUUCCAAGGCUUUGGUUCUUGAGUUACAGAGAAGUGAUACAGUUACUCUCCUUUCACCCAACGCCUUUCACACUGCAACCCUUUGUAUGCAGAUGCUUUAAAGGGGUACGUAGGCUCGAAGAAGAUUGUGAGAUACCAUCUAAUUCAAGAGAUAUGAAGAGCUGUGGGGCUUCAUCUCAAAACCACAGACAGAUGAAGGUUCUGGGCUUUUUUGGCAGCCUCCAGGAGCACAUUACUUUUCUGUCUCCUUUGGAACCGAAUCUCAAUCCCUUGGUUUGGCUUUGUGUCUUUGAGAAACAAUUAAAGUUGACCAUGGUACACCUCAUUAAACAAUGUGCUGUUGCGCGAAACCAGCUUGAACCAUACACCCAAGAUAUGACAUGUGAUGAGAAAGUUGCAGACACUCUUCCCCGCAUUGCUGAUGGGAGGAAAGUUGCACUACCUGUGCUGGAUCUGUUGUGUGAAUAUCCUCUUCAGUGUGUGCUGGUGGCUGAGGAGGCAGUUUGGUGCAGGAUUGUUCUUAAAGCUUUCCAAGAUUCAAGCCCAGUCAAGUUGAGCAACAUAAAGGCAUACAACUCUACAAAGCUGAAAAACCUUGGCUGUUCCAUAAGGGAUGGAGCCACAGGGGCUAACAGUGCAUCUAUGGUUUCAAAGUAUAAGAUGAUGUGUCUGCGUGCUUUAGUGCAGCUUACGAUGAAUCAUGCACAGCAGCUGUCUCGACUCAUGGAUGUACAGUAUAUACCUCUGGAGUUGUCCUUUGAGUGGCUAAGUUUGAUGAAGUAUCAUAUAAACUCAGAAGAUUGGAGUCUGAAAGGCAAUGAUGAUCCAACAUGUUACGUGGAUGUUUUGGGCCGUCAACUCCAAUAUGAUUAUGAAUAUUUUGGUCCAGAAGAUUGGUUGAUGGUGCAAACUCCGUCCACAGAUCGGGCAAUGCUGGGUAUUCUCCUUGCUCUAACAAGCUACAGAUGCGGGUUUGUGAGUGGACCCUGCAUGUCUGGAAAGAAAAAGACUGUGGCGCAGUUAGGUAAAGCGCUGGGGCGACAGGUUGUCAGCAUACAGUGUUGUCCAAGCAUGAGACCUGGUGUCAUUCAGAAGAUGCUGUUGGGUGCCCUCCAGACUGGAGCAUGGCUUCUACUAGACUCUGUGACCUCACUAACACAAGGGGUCUUGUCAUUACUGGGACAGCAUCUAGUAGACAUUCACCAGUCCUUCUCUGAGAUAACAAGAAAUAAGAAUCAAAAAGUGGAUGAAGAUCCAAAGGACAAGACUGCUGAUGGUGUCAGAGGUUGCAAAAACAUUGUUGAUUCAGAAUCCCAUAUCUUACUUGCAGGGAAACGCAUCUCUGUCAGCCUAAACUAUGGAUGUGUUCUCAUCUCAUCAAAGGGGUAUACAUCUGAGGUUCCAGAGAGUCUGCGAUGUGCAACCAGACCUGUUGCAUUAGCCCGUCCAGAUUACAGAAUCAUUGCAGAAGUAAUGUUGUCUUCCAUUGGUUUCUCUGAGGCGAUGUCUUUAAGUCGACAGCUAGUGUCUCUUAUCAGCCUGGCCAAGGAUUCCUUCUGUCUGCCUGAUUUCAUCACUGACGACCAGAGCUGCUAUCUUGUUGUAUUGCAAAAGAUCAUCUCUGCGUCUGAAAUGCACUUACAACAAAGUGUAAGGCAGCAAGAAAUUUCAAUUGAGGCUAAUGGAUCAGCUGCAGAACAAACUGAUCUUACGUCUUCACAAAAUGUGACUGCCAGAGUUGUGGAGAAGAAUGGAAAAGAAACUGAAAAGCCUUUCACGCUGCGCCGUUCUCAUUUGUCAGUUAUACAGGGAUUAAUGGAGGAGAAAGCCAUCGUCAAAGCGAUUCUUUCUGUCUUAAUACCUGUUCUUUAUGAGCACAAGAAAGCCUCACAGUUCUACAACAUUUUCAAGGGCAUUUUCCCUAUAGCCUGCCAGUUUCCUCUUUUCCAACAAUACAUUCAGGAGGAAGAAAAGAACCAACUUAAAGAUGCACUUAAAGAAGAAUUACGAAGCAAAUGGUUUCAAUGUGACACUGAAAUAAUUUCCAGUGCUCUUACACUCUACCAGACCAUGAAACUCUCUCAGGCAGUAAUGCUUAUAGGCCCCUCCGGUAGUGGAAAGACAACCUGUUACUGUGCUCUAGCUGGAGCACUCAAUCGUCUGGCUGCAAAGGCGGUGGAAUAUGUGUUUGAAAAAGACAAUAUGAUUGAAGGAGAUAUCCCACAGGCAGAGCCUCAUUUCUCUGCUUCAGCCUGGAAUGCUGUUUACAGUUUGGUCUUAUUUCCUAAUGCCAUGUCGCAAGAAGAGGUAUUUGGCUCCUUCUGUGAAAAAAGAGGAUGGCAAGAUGGAGCUGUUGCAAAGGCGCUGCGAGAUUCACAACGAUAUGAACCAACAAGUUCUACAAUCUGCAACAAGAAAAGUAAUCAGGCACCCAUAGUGAAAUGGCUGGUGAUGGAUGGGAAGCCUGUGGGGCAGCCAGGCUGGUUAGAUUACUUAACCACACUUUGCAGUCCUGAGAACCCAUUUCUGUGCCUGUCAUCAGGUGAAACACUGCCAUCACACCUUAAGCUGCUUAUGGAGAUCACUGACCUACGUGAUGCAAGUCCCUCUGCAGUGACCCGUUGCAGCCUUGUCUAUUUCACGGGUACUAAUCUGUGGAAGACUGUGUGGAAGAGUGAAAUGGAAGCUCUCUCUUCUGAACACAAACUGGAUCAAGGAACCUUGAAAAUGUGGAAUCGUCUGGCUGAAGAUCUUUUCUCCAGCACUCUUAGUGUGCUCAAGCAAAAGACUUUAACCUCUGCAAUCCAUAAUGAAGGAGAAUCAAGCCUCAUAUAUGGACUGCAAGAAAUCAUGUCAUUUUUUCGGCUCCUGCGUGCCCUACUGCAGCGUUUUGGAAAGGAAGUGGAAAAAGCUGAGGCAACACCACAAAGAGACAAAAGAGAUAUACUUCUACACAGAGCUGACGCAGCAGGCACAGAUUCCAACACUAAUCAAGAGCUGCUAGCCAGGAACCUUUUUCUGGUGGCUUAUAUUUGGGGAUUUAGUGGACAUCUGCAUCCUCGUGAAAAGCCAAAGUUUGACUUACUGGCCCGUCAAGUGCUGUUUACUUGCCGGUACAAAAUUCUGGUUCCUGAUGAAGAGAGUGUGUUUGAACACUUUUUUAACAUCGACAGCAAGACAUGCCCCAAGAACACAGUGUUGACAAAUUCCAUCUCUCCCAAGUAUGGGAAAUAUACUUACCUCCUGAACCUCAUGUUGGAGGCAAACCAGCCAGUGUUGCUGGCAGGAGAGCCUGGUUCUGGAAAAACCACUCUGUGCAAAACUUUGCUGAGUUUUGACCAGCCACAUAUUAGCCUACCAGCCAGUCCACUCCUGAGCUCCAGAAACCUGCGCACUAUACUGAAGAGCUGCCAGAAGAACUGUAAAGAUACUAUGGGUUCCAUGCCAAAACGGCAGAGACUGCUCCUUUUUGUGGACGAUUUGCAUGAGGCCCCUUGUGAUGUCUAUGGGAAGACGUCAGCAGCUCUGGAGACGCUGCGACAGAGUAUUUCAAAAGGAGAGGUUCUCACAUUUGAUACCUACCACUUCAAGUUACUGAGUUCUGGAGACAUCAGUUACAUGGCUACCUGUUGUGUUCUGGGAUCGGUCAGUCCCCACAGCAAUGUCAUAUCUUCCAGGCUCUCACGUCUACUCUCCAUUUUUGUGCUCCCUAGCCUAUCUGUGGAUGUUAUAUUGUCUAUCCAUUCUCCUAGGCUAAAAAUAUGGCUUCAAGAUAUGCCGCUUAAGCAGAGUGGUGAUGACAUGGCAUGUUGCAUUAUUACUGCAACUAAAAGUCUGUAUCAUGCAGUAUGUGACCGAUUCCAGCCUACUGUACAGAGGCCCCAUUUCAUAUUUUCCCAUCAUGAUAUUCAGAAGGUGUUUUGGGGGAUGUGCCUGUGGAAGCCUAACACCCCAAACACAGGGAAGCUGCAGAAAAAGGAUAAUUCACUACCAGGCUUUCCUCCAGCCCUGUCAGGGCCUGCAGCAUCAGAUCUUAACAUAGUACAUCUCUGGAUGCAUGAGUGCAUGCGUACAUUUAGUGAUAGGUUAUGUUCAGAAGAUGAAAGCAAAACUCUUGUGUCACUCAUAGCUAAGACCGCAACAGCACACUAUGAUGUUCGAUUGGUUGAUGAAACCCAACCUGUCACAAGCCUUGCUAUUCACAAACUACCCACAGACACAGCAGAUACCUGUAAGCCAAUAGAUCAGAGUGUAGAUAAACUAAAUCUUCCUCAAGAGCCCAAACCAGCUGACCAGUCAGACCUGAAGAAAGGCCAUAUAUUGACUGACCCUUCCCUUCCAUCUGAAAGCAAUCGCUCAGAAGAGGCAAGCCUAAAAACUCACCCUUUACAACAGCCAAUUCUUCAGCAUAUGGAGGAAAUAGUAGUUAAGCUUGUUUAUGGUCCUGACCUCUCUGAUAUCCUUAAGUCAAUGAAUCAACAACACAAUUUUAGAUGUAGCAGUUCUUAUCAGGACCAAGACCUUGAUAUACUACAACAGGAGCUGUGUGCACUCAUUGACAGCAAAGAGGAAGACAAAGGACAGAAAGUUUAUAAUGACUACAACAUUACAACCAGAUGCAUUUUACCCAGACAGAGGGUGAGUCAGCUGUUACAUAUCCUCAGGGCGUUGCUCAUACCUGGAGGUCACGGAGUGUUGAUUGGCACAGACAGAGGCACAGGCCGGAAAACCACUGUGCGUUUAGCUGCUUAUGUAACGGGAUAUCAUUUGAUGGAGGUUCAUCCUGGCAAUGAGAAUAAAUUGCACGAAAUCCUAAAAGAGGCUGGGAAUCAAACGAGAGUGGAUGGAGUGAAUGUCAUCAUACUGGUCCAUGAAGGAAUUAGCUUGUCUGUCAGAGAAGAACUAUUGGUGGCGAUGGCCCACAGAACCUACCCAGGGCUCUACACAGAUGAGGAGUUGGGAACCCUUGUUUCCAGAGUGACUGCUGUGAAAAACUCAAGAAGAUACCUUAUGGACAGCUGGAUGUUUGAGAAGCACUUGAACCAAAUCCACAAAAAUGUACAUGUGUUCCUGUUGCUUCCCUUCACCAUGUCAGACAGCAGUGAGAUGCACGCCAACAAUGGAACCCAUGGAUGGAAUGCGCAACUGACCAAGGCCCUAAGCUUCAGUUGCUGUGUAGAGGUGUACCGGCCAUGGUCCAACCAGUCUUUAGUAGAAGUUCCUGCUCAGUGCCUCAAAUCCAGUCCCCACAAAAUGAAAAGUGAAGGGUUAGAGGUCAGCCUGUCUGUGGCUAUGGCAGGAAUCCAUCAAUCCGCGUGUCAGUAUGCUUCUGUCCUUCUAAGAGCUCAGCCUUUCAGUCCUCAGACUUAUAUGGAGUUCAUUGCCCACUUUGGUUUCCUCUGCAAUCAUCUGCACAAGCAAAGGCAGAGCCAAGCUAACAGAGUUGCCACUGUUCUGUGUCGCUUGGAUGUCAUGAACAACAAAGCUAUACAGUACAAAGAGCGCAUAAUAAGACUACAAGAGAAAGUUGCUGAGACACAGCAGCGUGAGAAAGAUCUCCUCAGAGCUGUAGCUUGCCAGAAGAGUCUGCUCGAGGAAGCUUGUAAAACAUGUGAAGUAGAGGAGAACAAACUGUAUCAUCUGGAAGAGCAGAUAAAUUACGCUCAAAAACAGAUGAGACCUGUGUUCUUGUCAGGCCUCAAGAUUCUCAGUUGUCUGAAUCCAUCUGACCUGGAGGAGGUGCGCCACUACAGAGAUCCUCCUGACGGAGUUGUGAAAGUCAUGGAUGCCAUUUGUUUCCUGUUUAAUCAUCCACCAGGCUGGGAGAGUGCUAAACAGCUUCUUGGACAAUCCAGCUUUUUCCAGGAGUUGGAAUUUUUUGACCGCUAUGCUCUGACAAAUGAACAGCUGCAGGAGCUCGGCCAGAUAGUUCACAAUCCUCAGUUUGUGCCGGAGUAUGUGCGAGAGGUGAGCAAGGCCUGUGAGUCAUUGUGUCGGUGGGUCCAGGCUGUGUAUGAGUGCUGCUGUAUGCAACACCAAAUGUUGGUCAAGCAACAAUUGGAGGUGCUGGCCAAAGAGGCACAAAGUCAACUGUACCUGGCCAGGCAGUGCAAGGAGGACACAUACCAUCAUCUAAAGGAAAUCAAGCUUCAGCUGCAGUUGGUACAAAAAGAACUGAAGGAGCAACUGCUGAGUCUGCACACAGCUGAGAGCUCAGAAAGAGAGGCUGCUACAGCUGCAGGGCAGUUGGAGACACAUGUCAGAGACUGGAGGGCUGCUGCUCAGCAGGCAGAGUUAAAUAACCAAACUUUACCAGGAGAUGCCCUUACCCUGGCUGCAAUCAUCUCAUAUUUAGGCCCCUUUGGACCUGAUAUGCGCAUAGAACUGUUGAGCAAGUGGAGGGACCUAUGUGAGACAGGACACAUCAACAUAAAUCCCAAGGACCCUCGAAUCUCUCUGUUUACCGACUCUGACGCUGCACCUUCUCACCCCCUUCUUGGUUUUCCCAUCUCUGUGUCUGAGAGGCUGCAGCUGCCUCUGGGUCAGGCAUUAAGUGUGCUCCAGGACGCUCCAUCUGCCAGAAUGGUUAUAAAGCUGCUGUUGUGGGGCUGCAGGAGUGCCUGGGUUCAGUGCUGGCCUCUACUGGCAAACACCCAGCAACAUCUUGAUAUAAGCUCUCAGAGCUGGCUCAUCACAGGAGAGAGUGCCAAGCUUGACAAGGAAGCAGAGUGUGGAAUGGUGGUUUGUGCUGAUGAUCCAGAGCUACUGCACAAGCUGGACCAGGCUGCAGAUGAAGGUUUGAGGGUUCUGGUAACUCACAUGGAACGUGCAAUUCCCAGUGCACAGUUUCUGGCCAGAUUGGCACGCCCUGCCAGAUGUUGCCUUCCAGGUUUAAAACAGCAUGUUCAGCCAGCUCAUCCUGAAUUCUGCGUCUUCCUUAGCACCCAUCUGCCUGUCCAACUGCUUAGCAGUGAGAUCCAUCCGUCCAUCUUGGCUCAGGUACACGUGGUUGACCUCUCUCUGAGCUCAGAAGAGAUCCAGGAGCUGAUGCUGACACAGCUGUUGCGGUCUGAAUGUGAAAAGCUGCUGAUUCAACACAUGCAGCUCCAGAAUGAGAAGCAGUUGCUGCAGGGGAAACUGGUCUCAGAAGAGGAUACUCUGAUGGACUACAUCCUGCAGUCUAACUCCUCACUGCUGAAGGACACUGAUUUUCUCCCCCGUGUGGCUGUUUGUCAAGAAGCAAUGAAGAAACUGCAGGCUGAGAUCCAGCAACUGAGCGGGGAGCUGGAGUACCAGGAGUCCCUGCUGUCUGUGCCCCGACCGUUAAUGAGGCUGGCAGUUGCCCUCUUCCAGGCUCUUCAGCAGGUGUCCCGUCUUUCCCCUGCCUACUACUUUUCCCUACGUGGUUUCAUCACAGUUAUGCAAGAGGUCUUCAUUGUGAAGGGCAGACCAAUAGUGUCUAAUACCACUGGGAAAGUGCCAGGGGCCAUAAUAUCAGAGGUCACAAACCGAAUGGUAGCCCGGCUGCUGGUGCAAUACAGGCCUUUUCUCAUGAAGAGCCAUGCCGCUGUUCUGAAGCUGCUGGUGUCUGUGGCUCUGCUCCAACACAACCAGCUCUGCCCUGAAGCAGAGAGGGCAGCUUUCCUCAGGGGCUUUCAAGAUAUAGAACAUCCUGUCAUGAAGUGUUCCCCUACUCCCACUAUCUCGCAGUCCACUACAGCUCUGCCUAGCUGGGUACCGCCUCUUAUCCACCCAGAACUCCUCUGCCUAGAGAAGAUCCCAGUCUUCAGAGGGUUGAUUGCCUCUCUCUCUACUUGCCCCAUGCAGUGGCAGGAGUACCUGCACUUUCCAUCCUCCUCUGUAGCAGGGGCUGUUCCCUGUCGCUCUCACUCCCAUCUAUCCCUGCUACAGCGGGCUCUCCUCUGGAAGACCAUGCUCCCAGACUGUCUGGAGGGACUAGCUGACGCCAUGGCUGUCUACCACCCCUGCCUGCCUAGACAGACAGCAGAGGAUGAGGCCCCUCACACUGGGAACCCAGAGGCCCUCUCACAAUAUAUUGUCAAACAUGAGGGACCCAUCAUCCUCACAUUGCCCAGUCCAAGAGAAGAUAAGUGGACAAGCAUUCAGCCUCUUUACUUGAUUACCAAAUUGGCCCACUCUGUAGCAGAAACAAUGAAGGUGAAAGUCAUUUCUUUUGGGGCUCUGUGUGACACAGAGGACAUCCUCUCAAUGCUGGAACAAGCUGCUAAUGAUGGCCACUGGUUGGUUUUUAACAACUGUCACCUGCUGCAACAAUGGGAUGAAAAAGUAGUGACUCACCUCAAUCAGUUGAUUUCCUCUCUCAGAGAGGAGGGAUGCCUGAUUCACCCAUACUUCCGAUUGUGGUUUAUAACUCAAGAAUAUGCAUCAUGCGCCAUACCAGCGGCAGUGCGGAUGUGUGCCCUGCCUCUGGUCUGUGACUCUCCCUGGGAUCUGAAGGAGGAACUGAGCUGUUCCUUGCGACAGGUGAUGUCCGUCAUACAGUGUCAGUCACUGUCGGGUGUCACAGCAGACAACAUGGAGCUCCUCCUCCGCUGUGCCACCUUCCACUCUGUGUUACUGCAAAGACAGACCUAUAAAUACUUAGGCCAAGGGAGAAUACACAAUUGGAGUCAGGAAGACCUCUUGGCUUUGAUGGAUGCACACAUUUGCAUUGCUAGUCACUGCCAUGACAAGACAAAGGCUUUGCAGUACAUAGCUGUCAAUCUAGUGCAUGGCGGUCAUGUGCUAGACUCUGCAGAUUUGGAGGUGGUGGAGAGUGUUGCCAAGAUCUGCCUCAGCAGAAUGUCACCACUCUGGGACAGUGGACAACACAUCCUCUCAAAUAUUAUCAACAAUCCUGGCCACUAUGAUUUGACAGGACUGUUGCAGAUUUUGGAGCAGGGCCUUCAGGUUUCAGGAAACAUCAAUGACCCCCUUGUGCUGGGCUUCAGUGCAGAUGUGGCAGCUGAGAUAAUCAAAAUCAAUAGCCACAAUUUGAAAAUACUACUGCAGGCUUCCCAGACUCCUCCAGGAACAGUGGGGAGUUUCUGCAGCCAGCUGAAGCAGCCUGCCACACUGCCAGCCUUCAGCCAUGCUAGAGACAGACUGCAGACUCUGAAGCAUUACCUCACACACAAGAAUGACAGCACAGUUCCAAAUGCAGGAGCUGAUUCUCACAGUCCCAUACGUGACUUCCUCCGUGCUGAGUGGGAUGAUCUCAUUGAUUCAGUGUCCUCACUCCUCUCACAGCUCCAACAGCCCGUUCAAUACAGCACGCUGACCUUCACCUUCCUCCACAAGCUCACUAACUUGUCUCACUUGGAGAGGAGAGCAGAGUUGCUCAGUGCUUAUCUCUGGAACCAAAACACUUCAGAUCCGCCUGGUGCCUACCGACUAUCUGCUUUUAAAAAUGCCAGAGGCUUUCUGGUGGCAGUGAUGAGACAGACAGCUCAAGUAAAUUGCAAAGAUAUCAAUGAUAUAGCCCUGCAUUUUCAGGUUGUGAGUGAUAGUACAUACCCAGCCUCGCUUCCCCUGGAUGCUGUGUAUUUGUGUGGCCUGGAGCUAAGAGGAGCGUCAUGGGACACACAGCUAGGAGCCCUACAGGACACAGUCUCUCUGAAGCCAUGCUCACUGCCCCUUGUGUGUGUCAAGGCUCAAGUCAGGAGCUUAGGCACUAUCCAAGAUACAUUCCCUUAUAAAAGUUCACAUUUGAAGGAUGGCAGCAAAGUCCAGGUUGCACAGACUUCUCCAUCAGCUGCCCCACAGUUACCACUCUAUCACUGCCCGCUGUAUCUCGAUGGAGAGCGGGAGAGUGGAAAUUGGGGACUGGCAGAUGUUAACAUUAUCACUACGUUUCCCCUCUCUGCCAAGCUAAAUCCUGUGAUGUUUAGUUUGAGAAGGGUGAGGCUAGUGAGUGUGCUGUGA